AUGGCACUACCACCAAAGGUCUACCAGGUCCUCGUGGGCGUCUUUGCGGCGCUGGGAUCGUUCCUCUAUGGAUAUGACCUGACCAUCGUUGCCGAAGUCAUCUCAAGUGGAUCGUUCCUGCGCGAGUUCAACCCUAGCACUGCAGAGUUGAGUCUUGUUGCAUCGAUGUUGACUGCAGGAGCAUUCUUCGGAGCAUCGAUCGCAGGUCUCAUCUCGGAUCGAUUCGGACGGCGAUGGACCAUCGCGGUUGGUGGACUGGAUUUUUGUCUGGGAGAUGGUCUGCAGACCGGUGCUGAGAGCUAUGCCAUGGUCAUUGCUGGCAGACUCAUCGCUGGGUUGGCUAUCGGUGUUCUGGUCAUGGUAGUACCAAUAUACCAAGCCGAGCUGGUCCAUCCUGACAUUCGAGGCUUCGUCACCGGACUUGUUCAAUUUAUGCUCGGCGUUGGUGGCAUCGUCAGCUCCUGGCUCAGCUACGGUACCUACGUCUCCUUCAGCGACGACCGUCAGUGGCGCAUUCCAUUCGGUGUCCAGAUGGUGCCAGCAGUGAUCAUCGCUACCAUGAUCUUCCUCUUUCUCGAGUCACCGCGAUACCUCAUCAGUCAAGGCAAGACGGAAGAGGGAUUGCGCACACUUGUCAGAUUGCAUGCGAAUGGAGAUUUGAAGCGAUCCUUGGGUAUUGGCCGAGUAUGA